UUAGGCACAAAUAUUAUUUGCAGAAAACUAACCAAUGAAUUGUUUAUAUAAUCAACUGCAAAGAGAAAUUAACACUUAACUUUGCAAAUCAUUAAAAUAUACUCUGCCAUAUCUUAUACACUUAUUACUUGAACAACUGAAAUUUGUAUUCUUAACCAAGCAUAUGUUAUUGUGAAUCAUUAAUCAUACAGAAACUGGCUGCCAGUACCAGUGAUGUGGGAGAAUGUUUGCUCCCUGGUGACAACAAUACUGAUUGGUUAAGUUUCAAUGGUGAAGGUCCUUCUGUGAUUUUCGAAGUCCCUAAAGUGAAAGGGCAUAAUUUGAAGGCAGUGACAUUGUGCAUUGUUUAUUCCUCCCCAGAUAUCAUGACAUAUGAAGGCCUAAUUCUUAAAAAUCUGUCGAUCAUUAAUCACACAAAGAUCACUCCUUAUCUAUAUGAGGGAGACACCUUGCUUUCACUUAGAGAUGAAGAUUGGCAGAGUGUUAUAUCAAAUCUUGAAGCUGGUGACAAAGUUCAGGUGGUUGUUGUUUUGGGGGAUGGAAUCAUUGCGAAGAACACUGCAGUUUACCUCAUUCAUGAUGAGUUGAUCGACCAAAACAUUGAUGAAUGCCAAGAAGAUGUCAUUGUGAAUAGCAUGGUUGUUGGUAAGAAAGAAGAUGCUUCUAAUGUUGAUGAUAUGAGAGAUAAGAGUUUCAGUGUCCCUGCUGUUGAUGCUACACCUGCAAUCAGUAAUAAGAUUCCUGUUUCCGGCACAGAUAAAAAAGUAAGUGUCAUGGAUGUAAGUUUGUUACGUUCUAUUUUAUGAUAUAAGCAUAAUUGUUAUCAUUUUGGUUGUUGUAGUUCAAGUUGUUGGACAAAUUGAAUUGCUUCAACUGCAACAGAGCAAAAUUGUAACAAGUUAAGAUCUAAUUUUCAAGGUAUGAUGGCCUUCCUAUGCUGCUUUACUUCCCAGUUAGGCAAGCCCCUAGCCGAGCCUGGGUUCUCCUUGCCUCAUAGCCCUGCUGCGCAUACAGCACGGUUCUUGUAUCAUGGAUUUUCGCUACGAAUCUAACAACAAGUAAAUAAACAAGCUGUAGUUUAAAAUGAGAACGAUAAUGAUGAUUUCAGGUAUCUUAUCACCUUCUCUAUCCAGAUGGAGCUCGUUACUUGUGUCUUGGCCUUCAUGAAUCUAAUUCAGAAAAGACUUAAUGUGGGUUGUGCUUAUUUGACUAUUUGAUGAUCAUACUCUCUGGAAUUUUCGUUUUC